AUAAAACAAUGUUUGGAAUAUGACGACUUUAAAGAGAUGUAGAAAUAUGUUUUAAUCUACCUUCCUGCUUUUAGCAAGGUGUUGCAAGACAUCUAGAUAAUUUUGUCUGCUGUGCAUGAGUAAUAUUAUACAAGGACAAAAAGGGGAAGUGAACCAGUUACUAAAGCCACAGUUACAAACUGAAAUUCAGUAAGAGAAACUUACAAAAUGUUCACAUACGGAAAGGUGUCUAUUUUCUACACCCUGAUCUGCUUUUACCUCAUUUUAGGUGUUGAAUGUGAUAGUGGUGGAUCAAGAUAUUUAUUAUCUAUUCAGACUGGAGGAUCUGUUACUAUCCCAUGUCAUUAUGACAGGAAAUACACACAGCAGAGGAAAUACUGGUACUCAAGCAACAAUCCAUCUUCUAUAUACACAAACACCACAGAGGAGAAUCUGUCAGUAAUUGAUUAUCCUGAUCAGAGUCUCUUUACUUUGACUAUGAGAAACCUGCAGGAGAAACACAAUGCAUAUUAUUGUUGUGCUGUGGAGACUGACGAACAACCAAUAAUGUUGGUCACAAAUCUUUAUCUCUAUGUUUUACCUGUACCUGAUCUCUCUGUGGUGAACAGCAGAGUAACUGGACAGGAAGGUGGUAAUAUCAGUGUUCAGUGUCUCUACAGUUCUGGAUAUAAUAAAGAAAAGAAACAGUGGUGCAGAUAUAAAGAUCAGUGCUGUUACACAGAGAGGAGGACUGACACAUCCCAGAAUUCAUCAGUCCAGAUCAGUGAUGAUGGGAGAGAAUCCUUCACUGUGGUGAUGACUGGACUGACAAUGAGUGAUUCUGGCUGGUACUGGUGUGCUGUACAAGACCUACUAAUCCCUGUUCAACUCACUAUUACUGAACGAAAACCAGCAACUGUGACGAUUGGCACUGAGAAAGACACAAGUGAAACAGGAAAUUCUGAAACUAGAAAUGGAGUCACCACUAGUGAAGAACAGAAAAAGACUAAUGCAUUUCUGUUUGUGUGGCUUUCAAUAUCAGCAGCACUGUUGAUACUAUUUACAAGUAUUCUGGUCUGUGUUCUCACCCGGAGAUGGAGAAGGAGACACAAGGAAAAUGUAAACCAAAUUAGAGAGAGGAACAGCACUAGGACGACUGACACACAGGUCUCCUCUACCCUAAAAGAUGCAGAUAUAUACAGCACUGUAAAUGAUGACAAUCCAAAUAUUUCGUCUUCACUGGAGCCCAGCACAGAUGUAACAUACAGCACCAUUGCAUAUGCUCCUACAAAGCAGUGUAAAGCACACUGUCCAGCAGAUGGUGUAAUCUACAGCACUGUGGCACAACGCUGAUCCACAACAGUCCCUUACUGGAUACAUACUAUGAGCAGGAAAUACUUUGGUGCCCCAGGCGAGGUCCUUAUUGUCCCUCUUAAUGCCGUUUUGUUACACAAACUUGAAUUUGGUGAACCUUGCCCUAUUUCUGAGAAAAAUAUGAAGGUUAAAUGUCAUUCCCAGUUAUGUUUUAAACUUUUUCUAGAGUUAAUUUCAAUUUUAGAUGGGACAAUACAGCUGUGAUGGUGAUGCAUUAGAUUAGAGUGAUGAUAUGAUUAUUUCAUUAUUAUUAAUAAAUAUUUCAUUGGAGAAAGAGAUGUAUUACUGACCUUAAAAUUGUAUUUCCACAUGUGAAUGGAACACUUCACCAUGUAUUCUGGACAAGUUAUUUUGGGCAGUCAUCACCCAACACUUGUGUUCUUUCACAGUCAUUCAUUUUUAAUAUAUCCAAUUGUUUCAAUAUGCAAUAAAGAUUUCUAUUUCUAAUUAC